GUCACCUGCAUACAUGCCGGCUUACAUCCACACUAACAACCUCAUAGGAAUACGUGCUUCGAAAAAAGUUGGGUGGUGAAAGUGUCCCCAGACGACGGUCAACUCGGUGUCUCUUGUGAUGUACGACGCGCACGGGUCUUCGAGAGCUGGCGCUUCGGAUUUUUGAAAAGCGGAAGACUCUGUGGUUACUUAUUUGCCCAACCGUUGUGGGUUAGUGCAUCCCCCGUCGUGGGCUGACCUUUGAAUUCUUCGAAGGAACUCGUUUGCAGCUCAAAAGGAUUUGCAAUGGCUCCACGUACAGAAGUGAUCACGGAAACUAGGCAUGCCGAGCCACAACAACAUGAGACGGAGAAGCCGUACGAAAUUGAGAUGAUCUGGUCCAACGUGUUCAAGAUUGCUCUCAUCCACGCCAUGGCAUUGUACGGAGCAUACGUAGCUCUUGUGCAUGCUCAGUGGUCGACUAUUUUCUUCACCAUCUUCUAUCUGAUCUGUUCCGGACUGAGCGUGACAGCUGGAUCUCACCGGCUGUGGAGUCACAGGGCGUACAAAGCGAAACUGCCACUGAGGGUUCUGCUCAUGCUGUUCAACUGCAUGGCUGGACAGAAUGACAUCUACGACUGGGUACGAGACCAUCGGGUACAUCACAAGUACUCAGAAACCGAUGCUGAUCCACACAAUGUUAACCGUGGAUUCUUCUUCGCUCACGUCGGAUGGUUGAUGUGCAAAAAGCAUCCCGAGGUCACGCGAAAAGGGAAAGAGAUUGACUGCUCGGACGUUUACAACGACCCCGUGGUCAGGUUUCAAAUCAGAUAUCACAUCCCGAUGACCGUCCUCCUGUGCUUCAUCGUCCCGACUUACAUCCCGUACCGCUUGUUCGGCGAGAGUCGCUGGAACGCUUUCUUCGUCGCCGCUAUCCUUCGAUGGGUGUUCCAGUUGAACGGCACGUGGCUAGUGAACAGUGCAGCUCACCUCUGGGGCCAGAAACCCUACGACAAGGCCAUCUCCCCUGCCGAGAACAUCUUUGUCUCUUUCUUGGCCAUCGGAGAGGGCUUCCACAACUUCCACCACACCUUUCCUUGGGACUACUCCACCAGCGAAUUAGGCUGGAAGAUGAAUGUCUCAACGAUGUUUAUAGAUUUGAUGGCCAAGAUUGGCUGGGCGUACGACCUCAAGAAGCCCACCGAAGAGAUGAUACUCCAACGAGCCAAACGUACAGGCGACGGAAGUCACGAUGAAUAUGUACAGCCCUGGUACUGAGCAUGUACUCCGUAGAACGGAGUACACAAGGAAGUUUUAGAUCGUGCGUUCGUAAAGUAUGUAUCACUUGUUUCAGCUCGCGUUUUGAAGAAAAGAAAUGGGGAAACGAUCUCAUACGUUCUGCACAGUAUAGGCUUAUGUUCCAUUUUUAGGCGAUAGAGUAUAGCAUCUUCGAAUUUGUCGGGGCGAGUGCUGCACGCAUAACGGCAAGUGAUGUCAUUUAUGCCAGCCCAGUGAGGACACCGGUCCCAAGGACGUCCGUCUGUUCAUUGCGCGAGCUUAAGUGAUGUCACCAGUCGUACACCGGACUCAUUCUGCAACGGUUCGAGAGCCACGUCGAAACAUGAUACUUGUGUUCAGUUGCCAAAAGUUAUUCGCUGCUUAUGGUUGUCAAUGAGGCCGGCAUGCUGUCGGUGUCUCUAAUGGCAUCGUGAGAACGUUCAGUGUUAAUACAUGUAGGAAGCUGCAUAGUGAAAACUACGACGGAUUAAAAGAUGGUGCCACAGGGCGAAGACCAUCGCACGAUUAUGAACCAUAUUUUCUUUCGAUGCACAUUACUAUACAGUCGAUCACUAUUAUUAACGUGACUCACAGUCGAACCGAAAUUAUCAGUCAAUCUUGCUGUGAACUACACAUUGGCCAUCAAGAAAGUCCCUGCUGGUAUGGACAGUUUUCAAAUGCAGCCACUACUCUACUCCAGCAUGACCCUUUACAUGCUUCCUCUGCGAGCGAAACAAUGCCCACAUGACAGCGAAACGCUCUUCCAUCAAGUCGGAUUCAUCAUGACUUGCAAAUGGCUAAAGAACGUGCUGUAGUCGUCCGCAUGUGAAAUGCAUGCGAGAGCGGCGCAAUUGUGCGUUGCAAGAACAAAAAGUUUCGUCAUUUCUGAAGCACGACGUUGUUGUUGUUGUUGUUGUUGUUAUUAUUAUUGUUGUUAAAGACAAAGGAAACAAAAAACAAACAAACAAACUGUUUGACUGCCGCAAGGGAGCUUCUCAUAAAAAUGAAUAUCUUCUGAAAAAGAGAACUUUGAAAACACUUUAUUAUUCUUUCGCUUUCGGUUUCUCUUGUUGACAUUGAAAAACAAAAAUCACCGCGAAGAAGGAGGGAUGUGCAAUGGACUGACAGAUACACUCCCUUGCUCCGUUGGCCUCGCGUUUCUUAACCCAGACUGUCUUUGUGUCAUAGCAACAAGUUGCUCAUGUUUCGUAUGUUUUUUUUUUUCGUCCAACCAGUGCAUAAUAUCACGAUGUACUCUUGUGUCAGUGUUUUGGAUCGAAUUUCAGUUGGGCAUGAUGUCUCCCGCCAUCUAAGUCAUACUCCAAAGGGAAGCCGUGAUUGUAGUUGUUGACCUUACAGUGCACAUUCUUUAUUUCAGUUCAAUACUCACGUAUGUACAUAGCGUCUUAUAUUGUGUUAUGUGAUUUUAGCCUGUCAUGAUUUUCAAUAAACAUUAUAAUAACUCG